CCCUUCCUCAAGAUGGCGCCCGCGGCUUCCGCUCGCGAGGACGAGCUCGCUCGCGGGAACCAAACAGGGGAAUCCCCGCAGCAUGGCCAUUUCCACGCCUCCCCUUAUCCCAUCCGAUUUUGCCGCGGCUUUCAGUUCAGUCGGGCGGAGGGCGUGGGUCUGCUUGUGGAGGGUCCGCUACCUGGAGCAGCAACACCUGUCUGUUUCUCCUGCUCCCGGGCUUUUGAGAUGGAUGAGUUGGAGCCAUUGUUUGAAGCCGACACAGCAGCGUUCAACGAGCUGUGGAGCUGCGUGCAGUCCAGAGAAGAUUUUGAGGACCUGAACAAGACCCUGGAGUCCUUCCCCCUUUCUUUCCCCGAGGAGGUCAUCGCCCCCCAGGCGGGCGAGCAGAGCAGCGAGGCCACCAUUUCCUCCACCAACGGCGCCUCCUCCUCCGUCCCUUCCACGGAAGACUACCCUGGCGAACACGGGUUCGAGUUGGCGUUUGAGCCAUCGAGCACCGCCAAAUCCGUCACCUGCACCUACUCGCCGGAUCUCAACAAGCUGUUCUGCCAGAUGGGCAAGACAUGCCCCGUUCUGCUCAAGGUGUCCACGCCACCCCCUGCCUGGGCCAUCGUCCGCACCACGGCCGUCUUCAAGAAGUCCGAGCACGUCGCCGAGGUGGUCAAGCGAUGCCCGCACCACGAGCGCACUGGCGAGGGCAGCCGCGGAGGCGUUGCCCCCGCCGAGCAUCUGAUCCGGGUGGAAGGGAACCUGCAGGCCCAGUACUUUUGUGACCUGAACACCAAGCGCCACAGCGUCGUCGUUCCCUACGAGGCACCCCAGCUGGGGACAGAGAGCACCAAGAUCCUCUACAACUUCAUGUGCAACAGCUCCUGCCAGGGGGGCAUGAACCGCCGCGCCAUCUUGAUAAUCAUCACCCUGGAGACCCAUAUGGGUCAGCUCCUUGGACGCCGAUGCUUUGAGGUCCGGGUCUGCGCCUGCCCGGGCCGGGACCGCAAGACGGAGGAGGAAAACUUUCAGAAAACGGCUUCUGCCGGAAGGAACGCCAAGAGGAGUCAACCCGACGCCAGCAGCAGUGGGAACGCCAAGCGGAGUCGACAGGAAGUCGGCAGCAGGAAUGCCAAAGAGUCCAAGCCUGAAAUGGAGGACUCCCAAGACUGGUUGUCGGGGAGCCCAGGAGUGUCUUUCUCUCAGAGCAGCGAUUCAGGAGGCUCCAAGAAGCGGACCGUGGACGCUCCCAGCGGCAGCAGCUCCGAAGGAAGAGUUUACACCAUCCAGACUCAUGACCGGAAGCUGUACCAGCUGCUGAAGAAAAUAAAAGAGGCCAUCGAGUUUCAAGAUCUGAUGGAGCGAAACAAGGUGCAGGCAAAGAUGCUCCAAAAGAAGAUUUCUCUGUUUGUGAAGGACGACUGAAUAGGGGCGCUGCUUCUCCUACCCCCCACCCCCUGUUUUU